AUGGUCCUCUGGUGUCUGCGGUUCUGAACUGUAACCAAGGAGGCUGGCACUUCAUCAGACUACCAGUCCUCAACUUUACCCUAAAUCCUCACUGUCAUUUUUCUUCUGUUUUUGUUUAAUUUGGUUUCUACCUUGAAUGUUUUCGUUAAAUAAUACGAUAACUCAUUUGCAGUAAACAGAGGAACCGCAAAACGACUGGAAGUGGACUGACCACAUUGUAGGGAGCUUUUCACCUGUUCCUUGGCAAAGUGUCAUUUACCUUCUGAAAGCCGUGCACCCCUCCAUGCUGAAGGAGAGAGCCCCAGUAGCCUGAUGUCAUCAGUCGUAGCCCCAGAAAAAAACCUGUCCAAUACUAUGGGUCCCCAAGAGGUGGAGCUGAUCCUUAUAAAGGAGCAGAAUGGGGUCCAGUUCACCUCCACCACCCUUGUGGCUCCGUCCACAACUCAGACUAACCCAAGCGGUGAGGAGGAACGGGAGACCUGGGGGAAGAAAAUUGACUUCCUACUGUCCGUGAUCGGAUUUGCUGUGGACCUUGCCAACGUCUGGAGGUUCCCUUACCUGUGCUACAAAAAUGGAGGAGGUGCAUUCUUGGUGCCGUACCUGUUCUUCAUGGUGAUAGCAGGCAUGCCUCUCUUUUAUAUGGAGCUGGCUUUGGGACAGUACAACAGAGAGGGGGCAGCAGGGGUCUGGAAAAUAUGUCCCAUAUUCAAAGGUGUAGGAUUUACAGUGAUCCUCAUUUCACUCUAUGUUGGCUUCUACUACAAUGUCAUCAUCUCCUGGGCGCUCUUCUACCUCUUCUCCUCUUUCACUGUCGAGCUCCCGUGGGUGCAUUGUAACAACACAUGGAACAGCGAAAACUGCUCUAACUGGGCUGACAACAGCACCAUCAGUGACAUUGACAAGGCCACUCCAGCUCAAGAGUACUUUGACCGAGGGGUCCUCCACAUUCAAGACAGCAAUGGUAUUGAUGAUCUGGGUCGCCCACGUUGGCAGCUGACUUCCUGUCUGGCUGUGGUCAUUGUUCUGCUUUACUUCAGUCUAUGGAAGGGAGUGAAGACCUCUGGCAAGGUUGUGUGGAUCACAGCCACCAUGCCCUAUGUGGUCUUGACUGUGCUGCUGCUCCGAGGAGUCACCCUGCCUGGAGCCAAAGAUGGCAUUAAGGCCUACCUGUCUGUAGACUUGGGGAAACUCUGUGAUGCCAAGGUUUGGAUCGAUGCCGCCACGCAGAUCUGUUUCUCGCUGGGAGUUGGGUUUGGUGUGCUAAUCGCCUUUUCGAGCUACAACAAAUUCAGCAACAACUGUUACAGGGAUGCCAUCAUCACAACCUCUAUCAACUCUUUAACCAGCUUCUUCUCUGGCUUUGUGGUCUUCUCCUUCCUUGGCUAUAUGUCCUACAAGCACAAUGUCCCCCUGGAUAAGGUUGCUAGAGACGGGGCUGGAUUAGUGUUUGUUAUUUACCCAGAAGCCAUCGCAACAUUGCCCGGGUCAUCAGUGUGGGCAGUAAUCUUCUUCAUCAUGCUGCUGACACUGGGCAUUGACAGUGCUAUGGGUGGGAUGGAGUCUGUCAUCACGGGGCUGAUUGAUGAGUUCAAGUUCCUCCACAAGCACAGAGAACUGUUUACCCUCUUCAUUGUGGUCGCCACCUUCCUCAUCUCCCUCUUCUGUGUUACGAAUGGUGGGAUGUAUGUGUUUACCCUGUUGGACCACUAUGCAGCAGGGACAUCAAUUCUGUUUGGAGUGCUUAUUGAAGCUGUUGGGAUUGCGUGGUUUUACGGAGUGGACCGUUUCAGUGACGAUAUCGAGGAGAUGAUUGGUCAGAGGCCUGGCAUAUACUGGAGGCUGUGUUGGAAGUUUGUAAGCCCGUGCUUCCUCCUGUUUAUGGUGGUAGUGAGCUUUGCAACGUUCAACCCUCCCAACUAUGGCUUCUACAUUUUCCCUCCCUGGGCUAACGUGCUGGGAUGGUGUCUGGCCAUUUCAUCGAUGACCAUGGUGCCACUUUACGCCUUCUAUAAACUGUGUACCCUGCCUGGAAAGUUUUGUGACAGACUGGCUUAUGCCAUCACCCCAGAGACGGAGCACCAUUUGGUCGACAAUGGGGAAGUUCGUCAGUUCACACUUCAUCACUGGCUGGUUGUCUGAAAGCUAAGAUAGGAAGUGAAAGUCUGUAUGAGGAGAAGGGUGUUGAAUGCAUGCACAGCAAAGGUCUGAAGAGGAAGAAGAGGUAUUUAAUUUAGAAGUGCCAGGAAAAAAGUUUCAAGACAUUGUAGUGUGAUUAUAAUUUCAACUGUGCACGUGUGAAGCUGUGCUUAAACCCAUUUUGGUUUGACAUUGCCCUUGCAAUAGUUAACUUAUGUUAUUGAAUAACCCACUAAAGGGGAUAGUGUCAAGCUAUAGUGCAGGGGUGUCCAAAGUGUGGCCUAGAGGCCAUUGGCAGCCCGCAGAGUAUAAUUUAAGAAAAAAAGUUAUAACAUUAUGGGAAUAAAGUCAUAAUGUUAGGAGAAAUAUUUAGAAUAUUUUUAAAAAACUAAAAAAAUGUUAAAGUCAUCAGUAAUUUUACAAGAGUAAAGUCAAAAUGUUAGAAGUUGUAUUCUAACGCUAAAAAAAAGUAAACAAUUUUACAAGAAUAACAAUCCAUCCAUCCAUUUUCUAUACCGCUUCUCCUCAUUAGGGUCGCGGUGGCAUGCUGGAGCCUAUCCCAGCUGUUCUUUGGGCGGCAGGCAGGGUACACCCUGGACUGGUCGCCAGCCAAUCGCAGGGCACAUAAGAAUAACAAUAUUAUGAGGAAAUUAAAAUUAUGAGGAAAAAUAAUCUAAUUUUAGAGUUGAAAUAUUAAAGAAAAACGUUUUUUUUAAGUCGUUAUAUUGAGGAGGAAACAUAACAAAGGUGUAAUUAAAAUUAGGUUGGGGAAAAAGUUACAUUAUCACAGGAAUAAACGCACUAUCACAGGAAUAAAGUCAAAGUAUAAUGGGAAUAAAGUCAUAUUAUUACGAGAAGAAAAUUUACAAGAAGAAAUUUUAAAAUAACUGCAAAAAUGGGGGGAAAAGAGCAAAAAGCGAAGCUCAUACUAGUAAUAUAAUUUUUCACCUAUAUCGCAAAGCUGAGAUGCAUUUUAAAAAUAUUAUAUAUAUAUAUAUAUAUAUGACUUGUUAUACAAAAUAUCAAAGUGGCCCUUGCAACCUUUCAUUUCAGUAUCUGGUCCUCGAAGACAUUUUGGACACCCCUGCUGUAGUGGGAUGCACCAAGGUACAUGUGACAUGCCGACCAUAUGUAUGCAUGGUACCAUGUAGAAUAAAAGCUUAUAUUUUCUUAACAGGAAUGUAUAGUGUUCCAAAACAAAGAAAGAGGUUUUAUUGCAUAAAGGCAUUGGUUUACGAUGAGCAUGAUUUGUUUCCCAAUGGUUUAAGUUGCAUAAGGAUGCUUAAAGUAGAAAGUUGAUUUACUCUGUUUGGGGUAAAAAAAAAAAAACCCUGUGUUUAACAAUCAGUCAUGUGAUGACAUGUUUAUAACAAUACCUGCAUCAUAUUUAUUCCAUUCAUGCACCAUCUUCUUUUAAUGACUGUUAGCACACAUGCAACUCCUGCAAAUGCCACAUAGUCAAAAACAUACAGCACCUUUGUUUACAUGUAAAGUAUUUACAGGAGAGCAGUUCUAUAAAUUAUAUAGACAAGCUCAACAAUGCUAUUUAUUAACGACAAAAAUAAACACAGGAAUGAAGUACUACUGAAAGAGCUGGUUUACAUAAUAAAAAUAACAAACAAAAGUCAUCUAUACGAAGGAGGCUUACAUUGAACAGAAAAACAAUAGUAUGUGAAUACAACCACAGAUAAUCAUGUUGGAAUUGCGGGAAUAAAGCUUCAGUAUUAUUGCGUUAUUGUCACAAUUCUGCAAGAAAAUAGUAAAAAUGUUAUCAGAAUAUCGUUGUCAUAUGAAAAUGUGUUUGCUUGUGUUAAACUAACGACUGUUGAGGAUCUUGUCAAGUUACACUGAAGCAUCGUUGAAAAAAUACAUACUAUUAAAUGUUACGUAUGAGCCGUUCAAUGUACAAAAUAUCUACACUUUCACAGAAUAAAACUGCCUCUUCAGUUAGUCAAAAAAAGCCAUAACUCUUUCAUUUAUAUAUUUAAAAAAAUUACCAUAGCAACACAUUUUAUCUGCAUUGAUGCUUAAGUCAAUAUACUAACAAAUUAGCUGGACUGUUGAUUUAAACAACCAAAGAUGAGGCAAUUAAUUGAUUCAUUUUUCCUUAUAAAAGAUUAAGCUAAAUCUCACUCAGAUUUAACCGUGACUGAGCGACAGUAUUUUCCUUUUUAUUGUUAGUGUUUACAUAUUCCGUCACUGAUGUGACAGAUGUCAAAUUUCAAUCAAUAAAGGCAAUAUUUUUUUAAUUUUACUUAUCAAAUAUCAUUCAAGACUGUUUUAAAGCUGCUCUUUGCUGACCUACUAAGGUAUGUGGUGUGUAAUGUAAAUCAUGAAGUCAAUUUAAAUAUCAAUAUAUAUAAAUAUACUACAAAUAUAUACACAUACAGUACAUACAUUGUAGUAUAUUUAUAUAUAUAUAUGUAUGUGUGCGUGUGUGUGUGUGUGACUGUGUAUUGUAGAGCGAUUGUCUUGUAUUUUAUGAUAGUUAAAAGAUAAACAAAACCAUCCAUGACAUAUACAGUACAGUAUAACUAAUUUGUUACUGUGAAGUUGAUACAUAUUAGCCAGGGGUGUAACGAUCCGUUUCAAUAAUGAGCCGAUUCAUAUCACGAUUCGUGGCUGCAGACGAUUCAAGGACGAUAUUGGUUCAUUUAAAACGAUACGAUCCGAAACGAUUCAGUAACUUUAAAUCGAUUCAGUAACUUUUCAGCCAAAACUUCCACCAAUCUGACUGUGAAAUAAAUACCUGGAUACCAGUGAAGUGGAAGGUGAAGUGUCCUAGAUUAAUGGCAAAUGUAUUCACAUUUUAUAUGAAUAAAGUGCAACCAACACUUCAGAUUGAAUUAACAAUGAAUGAAUUAACAGGUUAAAUUUAAUGAUUGGCAACUUGCUGAACACAAAUCGAUGUAGUUGGAUCAUAAGAAUACAAAUCGAUACAUUGAUGCAGUGGACGAAUCGUCACACCCCUAAUAUUAGCCUUAAGGAUGUUCACGACAUUACAUUACACAUAAGCGUUUGUCUGACCAAAAAUCAUGAAAGCCCUUUUCAAAUGAGUCAGUCAUGACUUGUGCUUCAACAUUGUGGUGCAUUCAACUUAUUGCAGGGUUCAAAUUGUCCCUAACUGUAUGCCCGUGCUGCUGUAUUGUGCCUUGUGGUGUUUCUGAGUGUAUGACUUUCACAAUGUCAUAUAAAGUACAAUUACUUGAAUAAGUACAUUUGCAUUGCCACUCUUUAUUUCUACCUAGUUGGAAAAUUACAACUCAUGCAUUCAUAUUUAGAUGUUUUUUCAAAUCCUAUAUGUACUGUUUAAUAGCCUCAUUUUUGAUGGAUUCAUAGUUCAUCCACCUCACAGCUGUGGCAUUGAAAGAUGCUGAUGAGACCGCAUGAUUAUUGCACCCGUGC